GUACGAACCUUAUCCUUGACUGGGUUUGCAAGGAUUACAGAUUUGUAGCGGAAUUGAUGUUUUGUGAUGAAUUAUUAAGAAACCAUAUAGGAGCGUUUACUGUAUCGCCUUCAUUGUUAAGUUGUUGAAUUGAAUCGGUAACCGACGUGUUGCUUUACCAAGCGUUGUUUUUUUUUACAUUACAACUUUUGCUUGGCUCGUUUUUAUAGCUUCUGAAUCUGAUUGUAUUCCGAGUUUUAUUGAGUUAAGUUUGAGAUUGAUGUUUGGGGUAACAUCUGGUUUCCAGACUCACAGCUGGCAAAAAGAAGAAAACACGGGCGCUGUCCCUGGUGCUGAAAGCCAAUGGUACACUUGUUCGUUUAAGAACGUGACACUUACAGUGAAGGAUGCUGGUAGCGAAAUUCAACCCCCACCCUCAUACUUUCUUCCCCUUUACAGUUAAGCAUAGUCAGACACCCGUUGCUCAAGGACACUUCAGCAGGGCGGAUGUUUGCCACAUUGGAGUUUAAACAAAUCAAAGUAAUUUUUUUUAGUUGUAUGGUUAUCCUCUGGGCAACAAAGCCACUCAGCCAUGUGUCUGCUGGAUUCCUGAUUUUAUCUACCACUUUACUUUUACGUGUAUUCAUUAUUGAAUAAUACCACUUUUGUUCUGCUAAAAUAGUUUGCUAUCUAUGCUGUCAUGUUUAGAAUAGGAUACAAAUAGAGGUAUGCAGAAAAUGGCAAUAUCAAGUCUAUGUUUUUGUAUGUAUCUUUGUGGAUAGGAUAGAGUGACACCCUCCUUAUUUUUCACACUGGAAUUAAGAGCAUUUAAAAAGAGGAAGCCCCAGAUUUGACCAUCCUAAAUUAAUCUUACUAUUUGAUCUGAUCUAGGCUCCUGAAAGCACCACCUUCAUGUCCUGUCUCUCGUCAGUGCUGAGUCAAAAAAGCCUGUCUCCCGUGAGUGUGCCACGUCUUUACUGAGAUCCCUCGACCCACCACUACAUUUUCCCAUCCCACGGAGCUACCACAUCGUACUGCUUCGCUGGUUGGCAGCUCCUCUUGCCCUGAGCCAGGAUGAAUGAUGUUCAGGAGGCCACCUCCCCUGCGACCAGCCUCAGCGGUCCAGCUACCUGCGUCUGCAAAGUAGAGCUGCGUGUGUCUUGCAAAGCCCUGCUGGACCGAGACACGCUGAAUAAGUCAGACCCAUGUGUCAUACUCAUGGUCCAGACCAAUGGACAGUGGACAGAGCUGGACAGGACAGAAGUGAUCAAGAGCAACUUGCACCCGGUCUUUGCCAAGGUGUUUUCACUGGACUACUACUUUGAGGAGGUUCAGAAGCUGCGAUUAGAAGUCUAUGACAUCCACGGCACUCACAGCAUCGGGACCCGCGAUGAUGACUUUCUUGGUGGGGUGGAGUGCACUCUUGGCCAGAUUGUGGCCCAAAAGAAGAUGUUGAAGCCUUUGUUACUGAAGUAUGGGAAAUAUGCCGGCAAAUCCACCAUCACGGUGCACGCUGAGGAAAUUUCUGGCAACAACGGGUAUGUGGAGCUCUCCUUCUGUGCCAAGAAGCUUGAUGAUAAGGAUCUCUUCAGCAAGUCGGACCCAUUUUUGGAAAUAUACCGAAUCAAUGACGAUGAAACUGAACAGCUUGUGCACAGAACUGAGGUGAUUAAAAACAACCUGAAUCCUGUGUGGGAGCCCUUUAAAGUGUCUCUCAUAUCGCUGUGCAGCUGUGAUGAGGAGCGGAAGCUCAAGUGCCUAGUGUGGGAUUAUGACUCCAGGGGGAAACACGACUUCAUUGGCGAGUUCUAUGCCACUUUCAGGGAAAUGCAGAAAAUUGCCAGUGGAAAUAAGGUGACGUGGGAUUGUGUGAAUCCCAAGUACAAACAGAAGAAAAGGAACUAUAAAAAUUCAGGAGUUGUCAUCCUCAGUGACCUUAAGCUACACAGAGUGUACUCCUUCUUAGAUUACAUCAUGGGAGGAUGCCAGAUUCACUUUACGGUUGCCAUUGACUUCACAGCCUCCAAUGGAGACCCAAGGAACAGCUGCUCUUUGCACUACAUCAACCCUUACCAGCCCAACGAGUACCUGAAGGCUCUGAUAGCAGUGGGGGAGAUCUGUCAAGACUAUGAUAGUGACAAAAGAUUUUCAGCUUUGGGCUUUGGUGCCAGAAUUCCUCCAAAUUAUGAGGUGUCUCAUGACUUUGCCAUCAAUUUCAACCCAGAGGAUGAUGAAUGUGAAGAGAUCCAAGGAGUGGUUGAGGCGUACCAGAACUGCCUUCCUAAGAUCCAAUUGUAUGGCCCAACCAAUGUUUCUCCCAUCAUUAACAGGAUAGCCAAGCUGGCAGCAGGCGACGGCAUCAUUAAAGAUGCUUCUCGAUACCACAUCCUGCUCAUCCUCACAGAUGGUGUAGUGACAGACAUGGCAGACACGCGCGAAGCUAUUGUACGAGCGUCCUACCAGCCUCUCUCCAUAAUCAUUGUUGGUGUGGGCAAUGCAGACUUCACAGACAUGCAGAUUUUGGAUGGAGAUGACGGAGUCCUACGCUCACCGAAGGGCGAGCCAGUCCUCAGGGACAUUGUGCAGUUCGUGCCCUUCAGAGACUUCAAAACGGCUUCACCUGCAGCACUGGCCAAAUGUGUUCUGGCAGAGGUGCCCAAGCAAGUAGUAGAGUACUACAGCCAUAAGGCCAUCUGCCCUAUGAGUCCUAUGAGGGACUUACUGACCCCCAUCCUCAGCCCUGUCGCCACCACCCCAACAGAAUAAUCACCCAUCUUGCUCUUGGGACCAAGCUUUGACCACAGCACCAGUUCAGCAGACUAAGAGGGAGAAAGAACGCGUGCCUCGCGAUUUCGGACUGAAUGACUGAAGAGAAUAUCUUUCUAGAUGUGUUGUUACUCAUUUAUUUCAUUCUUCACACCUAUCAAAGUGUUUACACAAGGACAGUACGACAGACUGUGAGUUACUUUUUUCUGCUCAGUGGAUCCAGCGCUUCUCCCUGGCUGUGCAAAUCAUGAUUAUCCAGCUGUUUAAGCAUCAUGAGUCCUGGGGGAUUGUGUUAUUUUUUUCCCCCCUAAUUUUUAUGCAUGCAGGCCAAUCCCUCAUUGCUGAUCCAUCGAUCAGAUAAAGGCUUAUUAUUCCUCACUGCCCAUGAAAUUCAGCAGCUCAACUAUGUCUAUUAUGUUACUGUUUUCCUUAUCUCUUAUCUUUAGAUCAUUUUGAAGAUGUACUGUGCAGUACCAUAUGUCACAAUCAAAAUUAGAUUGCUCAACCUGAAAAUACUGACAAUACUUAAUCCAGAUGUUAUAGAUGAAUCACAGGAAGUAUAAAGAAGGGAUGCUGCAUUCAGCCCUAAUAUUACAUUGACCUUGCCUCAUGUACCUAAGUCUGUCUGUCUGCAGAUCACUAUUUCAAAUCAACCUACCAUGAACUGACAUAGGAACGGACUAGUGGCAAAUCAUCAAUUAGCUAUAAUCUAUUGCUAAAAUUAAAAGCGCUGUUCCAAAGUGCACCAGCCAUUCUCAACAAACCAAAAAAUGUCCUGUCUGCAACAGCAUGAACCAUGAAUGACACCUCCCCUACCUAGCAAAUACAAAAGCAAGCAGUGCUUACUGUGUUUGGCAGUUAGCAGGUGAAGGUUGCUAAAUUAGUGUUUUGUGUAAAAUAAUUAGCUUAUCCCUAAGUAUUUUGGCCUUCUUAAAAACCAGGUGAGAAAACAGAAGCAGUGAAAAAUCUUUGUUUAGUUCUAAAGUGUCACCCCUUCAGACCUGUUUAGCUUGUACAUCUGUGAAACUGCAGGUGACAUAACUUUAGCAAUGUGUGAUAUUUGCUUUAGCUUGGGCUCUUUGUAUGCUUCUUUCAGUUACAACAGUGAGCUAAUAAGUCACAGCAAGACAGAAAAUACAGUCAGCUCAUCAGUUGACAAGUUGACGUAUGUGUUUGGGUUUCUGUGCAGCAACAAAAGUUGCAAAGAGCAAAGCCCAAAUAACAUUUUUCUCCAUGAAAAGAUGAGCGAUCACACACUAUUUUUAUUCUUUUGUCAGGUGGCUAUGGUAUAAACUGUGAAAAUCAUGCUUAAUGUAAGGCGAAUACUUUCCUUUUGAAUUGUUCGUUAUUGUUGUCAUUCCUAAACCAGCCGUCAUGCAUUCUUCACGUUUCUGCAGUGUGUUUAAUUAUUUUUUCUGCUGCUUUUUAUAUGCAAUACAGUAGUUCUACUGCUGAGCGCACAGUUAGAUCCAACGAAAACACAGAGCCGAUCACAGUGAGUGCUGUAAAAACACACAGUCAUGUUCAUAUAAACCAGCUCUGGAAUGUGUUAUAUCAGUUACAUUUACAUCUGAAUAUUACAAAUCUGAAAAAGGUAUCAUUAUUACCAGAUUUCUGAUUCCAGAAGUUCUUACCAUAAAAUUAGUAUUAAAGGUUUGCUCAUCAUUGCACAUGUGCAUCUCCAGAACAAACUGUUUUGUGAGUCUAUUCUUUUUUAUAUUAUCUAUUGUUAAUUUUAUUCUAUUGAGCUUUACCAUACUUAUCAUAUUCAAAAAGAUAAAACCUUCACUUACCUUGCCGGGGCUGUGUCAGAUUUUUGUCAUAGUGUUUAGAGUGCAGACUGUAACAAGUGAGCUGUGUCAUGUUUUGGCCUCAGUAUUUCCCAAAGGAACAUAUUAAUGCUGCAUCAGUUUCAGUAGCAUUACAGCUGAAACUGACUGACGUGUUCCUAUUGUGCUGUAAAUACCAUUUGGAAUAUCAGCAUCUAAACAAACAAGAAAGGAGAGAUGCUGUGUUCAAGUCACAUGUUACAUUACAUUACAUUUUCAAGGAGUAGUGAAAAAGUCAACUGAACAAGAAAGUAAAAGAUUUGAAAAUACUUUUUCAUUACUUAUGCAAGGAACCUUGACAUGUUUCCUUAGCUUUAUGAAGCAAAUUUGCCAAAAUACAGAUGAUUUUACCUCAAAAGUACUCUGUGACUGGACAAUUUAUUUAUCAAGCAUCAUUAAGAGCAUAAAUGAAGAAAAAAACAUUUUUGAGGUUUGAAUUAAAUAUAAAUCCCACAAAGUCUCUCUCAGAGCUAAAGAAAUUCUUUUCUGUAGUGGAUCAUUUUCUUGCCCUUCCCUUGGUUUUGGAUUGUGUUAAAGAAGUACAAUGUGGACCGUUUAGAUCCAAAGAAAGUGUAUGUCCCCUAAAAGUAGAACAUUUUGUGAAUAAAGCAAAAUAAUUGUUUCUCAUAAUAAAAGCCUGACUGAAAAGCAUCAGCGUAGUUCACCAUACAGUAAAAACCCUGAUACUGUUUUGUUUGGCCUGACAGUUGAUUGCUGCCUCUUCUAGUAAUGACUCUAUAGUUGGUAUAUUUGCUUAUUCUUUUUACAUUUAUCUUAUAUGGUGUAUCUGUGCUCUGAAUGACUCUGAAUGGUGACUAAUUCACUUAGCCUAAAGCCAUUUAAUGCACUGGAAGAAUAUCCAGUCCUUACAGCUACUUUAACAUACACAUAUCCAGCCACAUGCAUUAAUCUGACUUUGAUUUGUCCUCAAGAGCUUCACCAGCCCUCCCCAGAUACAGACUAUUGGCUUCUCAUGAAUGCACCUAAAGACAGCUGUAGCUCUGUUGUUGGCUGCUCUCUGAAAUCCUUUGAAGAUCACAACAACUGAGGAUUCUUCUGUCACUGUGGAUCACAGGAUGAGGCCGAUUGAUUUAGCAGGUCGAGAUAUGGAGCCAUACUCAGUAUCUUGAAUGCAAAUGAUGCUGGAGGACUUUCUUAGUCUCACGACUGAAGUUAUAAGUGGCCUUAUAGGUCUCUUGGUUCACAAAAGAUUUACAAAACAAAAAACAUGACCAAAAAGUUGCCAUUCUUAAAUGGUAAUGUGAUUACCAUCAUAACAAAAACUAAAGCAUAUAUCUAUGACACCAGCUUUGUGCUUUCCCACAAACCUUUAGUGGCUACCUAUUCUGACUAAAUAAGGCAGGAGGUGCAGAUAUCAGCCAAUAUUACUGUUCCUUAAGGGCAAACCGGCUCACAUAUUAAUAUCUAAAAGGCAUCAGCACUUCUUUUUUCCCUAUUACCUGUAACACCUUAUUGCUACUUUGCCUCAGGUUAUGAGCUGCACCAGCUCAAAUGGUUCAUUACCCUGUACUCUUAACAUUUUUAUGAGAUGGGAUUUAACAAUUGACCUCAGAAUAUACACAAUCUUUUUCCUUUAUCUAAGUAUUUUUUUUAAUUGUUUUCAUUAGUUUUGGUUAUCAAAUAAGUAAUUAAAAAAAUGCCAAAAUACGUGUUUUCUUGGUUAAAACAUUGAUAGAAUGAGCCAUGCAUACUGUAUGUGUCAUGCUCUUCUGGGGUUACCUGAAUUACGAAAUGUAUUAGAUGUUUAAUGGUAAUAGAUGUUAAACAGUGAUGUAUGGGUCUUUUUUUUUUUAAUUCUUUAUCUUUUUCAUUCAGUGACAAGUUUCAUUGCAAUUAAUCAUGUAUGAAGUAUUACAAUAAUAUCAUUGUGUGCCUGUAGCUAGCUGAACCCUACCUAGAUUCAUGUUUUAAUGAGAAACCAUCAUUUGUGCCACAGUGGUGCAACAACAGUGAGCUGAAUCACUGGAGACAAUAGUUAAUGUGGCCAUCUUGCACUGCGGAUAAAAAAAAAAACUGGGAAGAAUUUACUGCUUAUUUCCCCUUAUCUAUACUGGCACCAUUGUCUGAUAAAAUUAACAAGUCAUAGGUUUUACACCACACUGAUUAAACUGAAAUUUUCAUAGACAAUCUCUCUCUCUUUCACCCAUCCACUGCUAAUCAGGACAAGGUUUACAGCCCAUAACCCUAAUAUGCAACUAGUGUAACUGCAGGCCGUGUCGGUGAGAAGCAACCCAUGCAUCAUUAGUGAAAUAAUUGAUUUAUUAAAAAGGAAGAAAGGGAUUUAUUGCAUGCUUACUUUUAUUGCUGUGCUGUGCAGUCAUUCCUUUGGGUCUUAUGAUAUGCUAAUAUGCAAGGCUGCAUUUGCACAAAUCUCUGUUCUUGUAGUUUAGGCUCUCUGUCUUGCAGUUAGGUAAAUAAAUCACAUAAUUUAACUGAAA